AUGAAAGCUUUUGAAACGAUUGAUGGUAGCUCCACUGGAGAAGACGAAGUGGUGGCUGGUGGGCAACACCACGAUGAAACAGAGAAAUCAUUACCUUUCUGCUUUUUCCUUGGAUUGUGUCAUUGCUUUCCGAUUAUCAAUACUAGGACACGAAGGGAGAGCCUAUUGAUUACAAACAAGCUGAUCAAGAAAUUUCGAUUCAAUAUCGAAAAGUUCUUAAGAAAAAAAGGAUAUUGUGGUGUUGUGGAAAUACACGGUUUUGGAGACGAUAAGCUUUCUUUUACUCAUGACCAGCACAAAGACUUGACCGGUAAUCAAAGGGUCUCACUCCACCGUGUCCAAAAAGUUACAAGGGAUUCAACCGACGCGGCGGACAAAGCUAGCAUAGUUGAAAUCAAAGAAUGGAUGGAGGAACACCUAGAUACAGGAGCAGUCUUCUGCGUGAUCACCGGCGAUGUUGAUUUCAACUAA